UCUCUGAACCUGCAGAACUUAAGAGGCGGCAAAGGUUCUGACUGCCUGCUAAAGGGGAAACGUAACAUAUUUUUAAGAUCACCGCUGGAUAAAGCUCCCUUCAUGGUGAGUUAUGAAACUCAGAAUAUUCUCCAGCCCAGAGAAUUGUUCCUGCAAUGCAUGAACCUUAUUCCUGUUUGCUUCGUUUGCAACUCUCACCUCUCCUACAAUCCAUUUCUGUUUUCUUUCUCGCUGUCACCGUUUUUAAUGUUUUAAAAGAUUUUUUUUUACUUUUUUCCAUAACAAUAAGGGACAAUGGAGGCUUUUCCUUUAGCUCAUGUUACUGUACAAUGUCCCUUUGUUAGGCAAGUCUGCCUCUAGGACUAGGAGGGAUUUGCAGAUCAAGGUCACAGAUUCCUUCCGUAUCUUUUGUCCGGUGUCCUGCCUCUGUUAGGCACCGAGGCAUCGCUUCACGCUUAGCAAAGUAUAUUUAACAGUAGCACUUCGUUCAUAACAUAGUUUCAUAUUUCUGCUGUGAGUUUAAGCACUGCUAGGGCUUUUUCAAUGAUACUUUACUUGCACGUAUAGUGCUGGAGUGAACUAUUCCAUUUAUUCAUUCAUUCAUUUACUUUUGGAAGCUCUCACCCUCCUCACAGAAACGAAAUGCUGCCAGACGACCGUGCCAGUAGCAGUUACCAAUUGAAACUGGCGCAAGAGUUUGCCUGACCUUGACCUUGGCUGAUUCAGAAGACCCAGAUCAAAGGAAGGGCUCAUUCUUGGCUCUCCAUAACUGAGGGAUGACGGUGCCCAGAGCGUUUGUCUCUGCUGGGCCUUCAUGAUGUGCCCUCCUCAUUCCUCUCCUGUUAAUGAAGAAGCUGACCUCCAUUCUUAGUGGUCGGUCGUUCUUACCAUUUUGAGUUAAUUCUCCUUUUCCUUUCCUGAUGCUCUCAUCUAGUUGACGACUAGUGGUGAGGGACAGGAGAAGCUGCCCGGUUCCUGUCAGGUACUUUAUGAAGCUGCAGGGAAAUUUCCACAUCCACACCGACACCUCACACCCCCACCCGCCACUCCUUGUGCUCCACGGCUAUUUUGGCAAUGAAAAUUGGACCCCUGACUUCCACAGAGACUCCUGCAGCCUUAAUGCAGUUUCCAAAGCAAGGACUCCUUUUGAAAGAGCACCAGACUGACUUUUCAUACUACAUGGAAGGCUUCUAAGGUCCAGCCUCGAGCGACACCUGCAGAUAUCACCGGGAUACCUUUCCAUGCCCUCUGAGGGGCCCCGUUUCCAGCCAGAGAGAUGGCCAAGGGAGGAGCCAAACCCCCCAAGGGGAAGAAGGUCACCUUGAAGGUGGCCAAGACCUGUAUCAAGAUCACCUUUGAUGGGAAGCGCCGUCUUGACCUGAGCAAGAUGGGCAUCACAACCUUCCCCAGGUGCAUCCUAAAGCUGGAGGACAUUGACGAGCUGGACCUGAGCAGAAACAUGAUUAAGAAAAUCCCGGAGUCAAUCGAUAAAUUCCAGAACCUGCGCUGGCUGGACUUGCACAGCAACCAGAUUGACAAGCUGCCGGAAACCAUCGGGAACCUGCAGAACCUCAUUUUCCUCAACCUCUCCAACAACAAGCUGACGGCCCGCAGCUUGCCCAUGGAGCUGAACCAGCUCAAGAGCCUGCGAAACCUUAACCUGGGCCUCAACCACAUUGACAACCUCCCGACCACCCUGGGGGCUUUAAAGGAGCUGCAGGAGGUUGGGGUCUUCGACAACCUGCUGACCCUUAUCCCGAACAGCGUCGCAAAGCUCCCCAAGCUGAAGAAGCUAAACGCCAAGAGGAACCCCUUUCCUGGACCCACCGAAGAGGAAAUCUUUAUUGAUAACAUCAAGCGCCUCGAGACGCUCUAUUUGGUAGAAGAGAAGGACCUUUGCCCCCCCUGCCUGAGGAAAUGCCAGGAAGAGAGGGACAAGCUCAACAAGCUGAAGAACACGGUGCCUGCCCCCCUCAGAAAGCCAAAUUUCUCAAACCUCAUGACCCCCAACUCCCUGGCAAAGGAGAAUCAAGCCGAGUGGAGGUGAAGAGGCCGCCAGGCCCAUCCCCACCUGAGCGACUCAGCGCAGGGCAGAGCAACUGUGCACCCCUUCCUGAGGAACGAUCCCAACUAAUAAAACAGCACUAGGUCACGUGUGACUUCUAUGAUGCUCGCAGACCUGUGUCAAUCCAGCACACAUUCCCACAGCAAGAGACCAGGCUCUAAAACCUGCUAUCCCCAGCUUCUCUCCCACUUGCCCCUGGAAGCAGACCUUCCGAUAGGUGCCACAGCGGUGAAGGCCUCCCCUCCCCUCUUCUGACCCAACAGAGCCGGGCUGGGCCUUUGGCCACCAGACACAAGAGGGGCACCCCAAGGUAGCCCAGGGCUAGAGGCCUGCUCUCUCCUCCUUCUCAGAGGUCCCAAGGUGAUUGGCUGCCAGAGGCAGGAUGCUACCACCAAAAGGAAGGGGCGGCUUUGCCUUUUAGAACCAGGCUAGUUUCCCUUUCCAGUUCAAAACUUGGAUUUUGGGAAGAAGAGCCAAGGGUUGUCCCCGUGUCCUUAACCCCUCCAUGACUAACAAUAUUUAGGAGCUUGAGGUCCUGAAUUAGAAAAAUCACAGAGGGGUGAAAUCUAUUCUUCUGAUGAUUCUUGCUCCUGGCUAAAUCCAGUCAGGUCCCAAGGAUCAUUAGAGAGCAGCCAGGCUGCCUGCUCCAGCGUGUCUCUCUCUUACCAACAGAUCACAUGUUGCACCUCAACCUAGCGAACAACAAUUGCAAUUCUUU